GUCACCUGCAGAAACACACCGGGACUCUCCGAGCUACACCGACCGAAGCGCCGGCUCGUGCCCACCAACCUCCCGCCUCUCUAUCUGCUGCUGAUCAGACCCAAUCAAUCAAUACCGGCAUCGAUCGACUCUGAUGACCGCUGAGGUGGACCACAACCGGCGCGUGGCCUGCGGCGGGAUCAAAGGCACCGGAGCAGCUAAUGAUGACAUCACCGUGUGAAAGUGCCGAUCCCCCCUGUGUGAGCUGAUCGAUCAUUUAUCAGUUGUCCCAGUGUUCCCAGUGCUCCCAGUCCUGCCCAGGAUGCUGCCAGCCUCCAUCCAGAUCACAGGAGAGCUGCUGUCAGCCGCUGAGGUUCAGGAUAUCUGUGAGAGUCUGAAGGAGGACAGCGUUCGGCUGCUGUCCGUCCGUGGCUGCCAGUUAUCCGACCGGGACUUUGGUCGCGUCUGCCGGAGCGUUGCAGAGUCGCACUCGCUUGCCCAGCUCAACCUCAACCUCGGCGUGGUCUCCAGCAUCAGCCGGACACGACACCUGGCUGAUGCCCUGAAGACGAACCGCUCCUUGCAGACCCUUUUUCUCCAUGGCAGCCCGCUGUUGGAUGCUGGCCUGGUAACCUUGAACUCGGCCCUGUCUACCCACCCAACGCUGGUCUGUCUGGAUCUGGGAGACUGCAUGCUUGGAGAUGAGGCACUGGCUCUGAUAUGUGGGAUGCUGCCUCCAGAUGGAGCAAAGUCAGGUGACUCCAUCAGGUUUAGAUGUGACUUUAUUACAUCCCUAUUUAAAAGUUACCGAACCCCAGAGUGUCAGAUGAGCUGCAUCUACCCAUGAGUUUCGAAAGAUUCCUGUA